AUGAAGCGUCGUAUUCCGGACAUUAUCUACCAGACAAUGAAUUCGCAGCCUUUGCCUCCCUCGAUCGCAGAAUCAUACACCACGCUUGCUCACACGAUUCGGGAUAACGGGCCGAUUCUUGAUAUCACCAACAGCGAUUCGCUUCUCUCCGAACUCUUUCGAAUUCCAGUCCGUCGUGCCAUCCAUGAUGACUUGCAUUGGCACGCUAUCUCCUGGUGGCUGGCCGAGAACUACGAGUUCUUGCUGCUGAACCACAUUCAACACAUGGACGCUUCGCUUCCCAAAGAUCCGUUUUUCGCUCUAAAAUCGAAAGCCUUGACCGCUGUCGCUGAUCAAAUCGAGCCGUUUUUCGCUCCUCUCCUCGCGAGGCUUCGCAGCGAGCCCGCGAUCUCGGAGGACGUGUUUGCGUCCGCGCUGCUGACGUUGCUCUGGGGAAACAAGGCGGAUUUGAGCAUGUCGAGCGGCGUGGUGGAGGGGAAAUCGCUACUGCACACGUCGUCGUCGAAUUUGAUUUUGAUUGACCACUCGAAGGAGGCGUGGAGCUUCCUUCAGAGUCACGACGUGCGGGAAAUCUCGGUGUUUGCGGAUAAUUCAGGGCUCGAAAUGCUCUGCGAUUUUCUGUUUAUCACGCUGCUGCUCUCCGCGUUUCCUCAUUGCAGCGUGCAUUACGUGGUCAAAGCGUCGCCCGUCUUCGUCUCCGAUGUGACGCUCGACGAUAUUCAGCCGGGACUCGACGUGUUGCGUCGGUCACGUGACGCCUCGUUGCGAUGGAUGCUGGAUUGCCUUGAGGGCGCGAUGCAAUCCGGGCGACUCGAUGUGAAGGCGUCGGUUUUCCUGUGCUCGGCGCUGCCUGGAUGGGAAAUGCCCUCGUCGAUGCGCGGAUUUUUGGCGAAGCAGGACCUUGUGAUCACGAAGGGGGACGCGAACUAUCGGAGACUCGCGGGGGAUUUGCAUUGGGAGUACGACGUGGAGCUGAAGCGAGUGCUGCACUAUUUCCCGUGCUCGUUGCUGAUGCUUCGCACGUUGAAAAGUAACGUUUUGAUGGGCGUCUCGAAGGAAUUGCAGGAGAAAGCGCGCGAACGCGAUGCGAAUUGGGAUUGUUCGGGUCAGAACGGAAUUAUUCAGUUGUAUUCGUGUUGUUUUUCUGUUUUUUUGAAACAUGAGAAAGGGGGAUCGAUGAAGGAUCGAAAAGAAUGGGAUUAA